GCCCACUGAAGAUGGCGGCGGAGCUGCAUCCGCGGAGCGGAAAGCUGAUCGGCCUGUCCAACUCCAACCGAACCGCCCGGCGCAACCAGCCAGUGCAGGAGUUCAACCACGGCCUGGUGCUUAGUAAAGAGCCGCUGAGAGACCGGGAUGUGUUCACCGUCCGCAUUGACAAGAAGGUGAACUCGUGGAGCGGUUCCAUUGAGAUUGGUGUGACUGCACUUGACCCUGCCGGGCUGGACUUCCCCAGCAGCGCCACAGGCCUUAAGGGCGGCUCCUGGAUCGUGUCGGGCUGCUCGGUGCUACGUGACGGCCGCUCGGUCCUGGAGGAGUACGGCCGCGACCUCGACCAGCUAGCCGAGGGCGACCGGGUGGGCAUUCAGCGUAGCUCUCGCGGGGAGCUCCACCUCUGGGUCAACGGGCAGGACUGCGGUGCAGCCGCGAGUGGCUUGCCACCCAAACUCUGGGCAGUGGUGGACCUGUACGGCAAGUGCACUCAAGUGACAGUGGUGAGCUGCGAGCCGCCGCCGCCCUCCACGGAGAAAGAGACAAUAGAGCGGGAGGCGGAGGAGGAGGAAGAAGAUGAGGAGGAGGAGGAGGAGGAGGAGGAAGAAGAGGUGGUGGUGUGUGGGGUUCGGGAGGAUGCAGGGAUCACGGCACUGAUGAAUGUGGCAGCAAUGAAUGGAAUGAUGAAUGGAGAUGAAGUGCCUGAGCUUAGCUGCAGUCACAGCAGACCAGACAAGUUCCCCAACAACCUGGAGCCUGACACGGUUCUAACGGAGCACCAGCUCUUUGACGUGUUCAACAACGCAAUAGUAUCUUUUUAUCGCUCUGAGGAUGAGGGCGGAGGGGAAGACGGUGGAGGAACGGGAGGCGGCGGCGGAGGAGGAAACACAGGAACCGACUCCUCUUCCAGAAACGACAGGGGAAGCUGCAGCAGCAGCGGAGGAGGUGCUGUCAACAGCGACAGUGGUAUAGGGACAACGGGAGGGAGUGGAGGAGGUGGAGGAGCUGGUGGAGACAGUGGAAAUACUAAUAACAGUCCCGCUGGUAACGGAGGGGUCGGGCCGGGGGUUGUGACAGGUGGGAUGACCACCAACGAUGCGCUGCUCUUCCACGAGAAAUGUGGCACACUGAUCAAACUGAGCAACAACAACAAGACGGCGGAGCGGAGGAGACCGCUGGACGAGUUCAAUAACGGCGUGGUGAUGACCAACCGGCCGCUCCGACACAACGAGAUGUUUGAGAUCCGCAUUGAUAAGCUAGUGGACAAGUGGUCAGGCUCAAUAGAGAUUGGUGUGACCACACACAAUCCCAACAACCUGGACUAUCCUGCAACUAUGACCAAUCUGCGCUCAGGUACAAUCAUGAUGAGUGGCUGCGGGAUACUGACCAACGGGAAAGGAACUCGCAGGGAAUACUGUGAAUUCAGCCUCGAUGAACUUCAGGAGGGAGAUCACAUUGGGUUGAUGCGCAAAGCCAGUGGAGCGCUCCAUUUCUACAUCAAUGGCAUCGACCAAGGUGUUGCGGCAGCCCAGACCCCCGGCGUGGUCUACGGCGUGGUCGACCUCUACGGCAUGGCUGUCAAAGUGACCAUAGUCCACAACCACAACCACAGUGACCGCCUCAGACGCAACAACGCCAUCAUGAGGGCUCUAUCUCCCGAUGUCGGCCGGCCCAGGCCAUCUCUCUCCCUCACACCAGACACAGAGGGGCCUGACCGGCUGCUCUUCCACACCAACUGUGGCCAGAAGGCCGCCAUCAUCAGUGACGGAAGGACAGCUCUGCGGCCACAUGCGACUGAUGACUUCAACCAUGGCGUGGUCCUGAGCAGCCGGCCACUGCGCUCCAACGAGGUGUUCCAGGUUCGCAUCGACAAGAUGGUGGACAAGUGGGCGGGCUCCAUCGAAAUCGGAGUCACAACGCACAACCCUGCAUACCUGCAGCUGCCCUCCACCAUGACCAACCUGCGCUCAGGGACGUGGAUGAUGACAGGGAAUGGUGUAAUGCACAAUGGAACAACAAUACUGGACGAGUACGGACACAACCUGGACCGACUCAAGGCUGGUGACACAGUAGGCGUCGUGCGGAAAGAAGAUGGCAGCCUCCACUUUUUUGUAAACGGUGUGGCUCAGGGCCCGGCAGCCUGGAAUGUCCCUCCCAGUGUCUAUGCUGUGGUUGACCUCUACGGCCAGGCUGCUCAGGCCACCAUCAUGGACGACAUGGUGGACCUCCCUCCUCUCCCAGAGGACAGCUCAGAAGGCCCCACGGCCAUGUCCCCCGGCAGCCCCUGCUCGGUAGGCGGGGCCAGCACAACCAACGACCUGCGUUUCCACCAGCUACACGGCACCAACGCCGUCAUCACCAAUGGGGGGCGCACCGCCCUGCGUCAGAACUGCCGCAGCGAGUUCAACGACGCUAUUGUCAUUUCCAACAGGUGCCUUCGAGAUGGAGAGUUGUUUGAAAUCAUUAUUCAGAAGAUGGUGGACCGCUGGUCGGGUUCAAUAGAAGCAGGAGUGACAGCCAUCAGGCCAGACGAACUCGAGUUUCCGAACACUAUGACCGAUAUUGACUAUGACACCUGGAUGCUCAGUGGAACAGCCAUCAUGCAGGAUGGCAACACGAUGCGCAACAACUACGGUUGUGACCUGGACUCUCUGACCACAGGGUCACGGAUUGGCAUGAUGCGCUCAGCCAGCGGUGACCUCCAUUAUUACAUCAACGGCGUAGACCAAGGUGUCGCCUGCUCGGGCCUGCCACCAGAGGUGUACGCUGUGAUCGACCUGUAUGGUCAGUGUGUUCAGGUGUCCAUCACCAGCUCCUCAGGCCCGCUUGACAACAGCCUCUGUACCAGCAACAUUACUGAGAAGAGCUUCCCCAUCCACUCACCAGGUACACAUCAGGGACCCAACUCAGUAGCAGGCGUUGCCCACCGGCUCCACAGUAAACAUGGUAAGAACGUGGUGCUGCUCGGUGAGGGCUGCCAGGCCGUCCGAGUAGGAGGUUACGCUCACGGCAUCGUGUUCAGUGUGAAGGAGCUGAAAGCAGACGAGCUGUUUGAGGUGAGGAUUGAUGAAGUGGAUGAGCAGUGGUGCGGUUCCCUGCAUAUCGGUCUGACCACGCUCGCACCCCCGGAGCUGCCGUCAUGCCCGCUGUCAGGUCUCUCCCCCUCCCUCCCGCAGCUCCGCACCAAGGUCACCUGGCUGCUCUGCGGCUCUGAGGUCCGUCGCAACGGUGUGCUGCAGCGCCAGAACUACUGCUGCUCACUGGACCGGCUGACGGUUGGGAACCGUGUGGGUGUGAAGAGGUGCAGUGACGACACCAUGCACAUCUUCAUCGAUGGAGAAGACAUGGGACCUGCAGCGACUGCAGUAGCCAAGAAUGUGUAUGCAGUGUUGGACCUGUACGGGCGGAUAACCGCGGUGUCCAUCGUGAGCUCUUCGCUAAUGGAGGACAUGGAAAGCAUCAAGGCGCCCUCGCUGUCCUCGGACAGCUGCAGCGAAGGAGAGGAGGACAGCACCCCCGUCAGAGAGGUCGAGACUGAGCCGUGCGCGCUGGUGCCCACCAUCAUGGCGUUCCUGGAGAACCACGGCAAAAACAUCCAGCUGUCCAAUCAGAACCUGACGGCUGCCAGAGUAUCCAGCUACAACCAGGGCCUGCUGGUCACCGCCCAGCCGCUCGCUCGCCAGCAGCUGUUCCAGUUUCAGAUCGACCGUCUGAACCCGUCGUGGACGUCGUCGCUGUCGUUAGGCGUGAUAGGUCACUCCCCCGACCGGCUCAACUUCCCCUCCACAGCGUGUUGUCUCAAACGCUCUGCCUGGCUGCUGCAGAGAGACUCCGUCUUCCACAACUCCCUAAAGAUAUGUGAGAACUAUGGUCCUAACCUGGACACUUGUCCGGAGGGGACGGUGUUGGGUCUGCUGGUGGACGCCAACAGUUGUCUCCACCUCUACGUCAACGGCAUGGACCAGGGUGUGGCGGCGCAGGACAUUCCUUCGCCCUGCUACUUGUUCAUUGACCUCUACGGCCAGUGUGAACAGGUUACUAUAGUAACAAACAAUGUGCCAGCUGUGGGCGGAGAGAGUGGUGAGACCCGUUGUCAGGGCGACAUGGAGAAGGCAGACAUGGUUGACGGAAUCAAAGAGAGUGUGUGCUGGACGCCCCCUCCAGAGGUCAACCCCAACAAGACCUGCGAGUACCAGGCGCUGUGCUCACGCUUCAAGGACCUGCUUACGUUACCAGAUGGCUAUUUCAACGAAGACGCAAAGUACAACCUGUGCUACUGUGAGUCCUGCCACAAGCUUCGGGGUGACGAGGCUUAUUACAAGAGAGGAGAGCCGCCCCGGGACUACGCCCUGCCCUUCGGAUGGUGCCGCUUCGCCCUCAGGAUCAAACCCCACUGUGAGGUUUCUAACGCACUGAAGAAGUGGCACAUCGCGUACCACGGCACCAGUGUAGGAGCCCUGCGACGCACGCUGGACCACAGCCAGCUGCUGCCAGGGACGUCGUCCAUCUUCUCGGUGUCCCCGGUGAAGGCAGAGGGUCCUAAUGGCUACAGUGAGCCAGAUGAGAACAGCGCCCCCGGGAGGGAGGUUCCCAGAGUGAGGCUCUCUCCCACUAUGCGCUACUCCGGCAUGGAGAUCUUUGCCCCCAAAGUGCAAUUUCAGGACCCCCGUUCUCACCGCUGCCACCAGGCUCAGGUGGGCUUCCAGGUGUGCGUGCGUCCUGGCUCCUACAAGGUGGGACCUCAGACGCUCAACCACAGCGAGCCCCUGGACCCUCGCUUCAGCAACUCAGAGAUCGAGUGGAUCACCAAGGAGCAGGGCGGCACGCUCCUCUACGGACUGCUCAUCCGGGUCGAGUGAAAAAAGGGAGCGACGAGGGAGGCAAUCGGGUGGAAGUGGGGGGAGGGUCCACGUGGGCCACUCCUCGUACUUUUAAAAAACUGACAACCAAAUCCAACCCCUGCCUUGAGCGAGAGACUCCUCUGGAAUCCAGCUGUUCCUACUGUGGAUUGUUGACAAUUCAGCAUUAUAGAUUUGUUUUGUUUAUUUUGUUGUUUUUUGUUCUUUUUUUGGUUGUUUGCUCUUGGACUCUUUUAAUGGCCGGGGGCUACGGCGGUUUCAAAGAAGAACAGACACUGCCUGCACUUUAUGUUUCGGACACUCGUGGGCGAUUUUUAAAACUAACUUCUCAUCGUCACGACACCUUAGUUCAUUUGCUACAGUUGUUGUUUUUUUGUUUGUUUUUUGCCACGUUUUUUGUUCUCAUUCUUCCCGACAUACUUGCACCCUCACAAACAGCUUAUAUUUUCUUUAUUUUGCACUUAUUUUAACACUUAAUCAUCUCCGCUCUGGUCAGUGUUUUAUUUUGGGAGGAGCUUGUCCCCUGCCAACCUGCACGUUAACCGACUGUCACCUAAAAAAAAAAGACGAGAGAGACGUGGGUCAAAAAAAGAAAAAAAAAACAACAACAAAAAAAAAGUGACGUUUUCAAAAAAUGUUUAAAAAAAAACAGAAAGACACUUGAAUCUGAGAAUGAACCCAAGAGUGUCUUGUGAUUGUGACUUCUUUAGGGAGAAGAUUUUAAAACUGGAGGAAGAAAAAAAUGUUUACACAUGUACCACUGUAUGUUGCUGUCCUCUUCGUGUCUCCACGUUAGCAGUCUGGCUACUUUAUCAGUCCUGUUUGCAUUUCUGUUCUUGGCCCUGGCGUCACGUCUGAAAACAUUCACAGGCUUUGCACUGUGGAGGGAAACUGGAAGGUUUUACAGAAAAAUGGACCUCUGGAAAACAACAAAAAAAAACAACCUCCUGCACCUGUUGGGAAGCUAAACAUUGUGUAUUGGGUAAUGGACGGUAACUUCUGCUCCAGCCUUACAGCUUGUAUGUUACAACUGAGAGGAUCCAUCAUGAGAUAUUUAAAUAUAUAUAUUUACUUGUAGACUUGAUAGGUUUUCAUACAGGAACAGGGGGGAAAAAAGGAGAAGCUUUACAUUUUGGGAAAUUUGCUUUUUUUUAACCCGGACCUAAAGUUAACGCCGAUCUCCUGAAGCUACUGCCAGCAGCUCGCUUACGUAGCUUAGCAUGAAGACUGGAAACAUGGAGAAAGCAGCAGAUCACCUAUCACCCUAUCAGCACCUCUACAGCUCACUUAUUAUGAAACAUGUUGUAUCUCGUUUGUUUAAUGCGUACAAAAUCUAAAUUGUAGUAAAGUUCGCCCUUUUAUGAGGAGGGGGGGUAUUUCUUGGCUAGGACCAGUUGCUAGGCAGCCAGUGGAGAGACACUGAUGGUUGUCUGGCAACCAAGAAGUAGUUCCGGCCAAGAAAACGUUGGUAGUGGAUUCGUUCGUAGUUUUUACAGUUUUUAUUGUACAGAUUAAACUAAGGAGAUAUAAGCUUCAGAGGUGUUACACUGUGAAAACCUGAUGAGUUAAUUUAACUCAAUUGUUGAAACUGAUUAAUAUUGAAUAUUUUAAUUAACACUAACUCAGUUUUGUGAGUUAUAAACAUUCUUGAUUAAGCAGCUUUUAUUAGAGAUUUUAGUUGACUGACUUUUUAAUCUUUACUUGUACUGUGAAAACAAAACCCGUUGUAAAAAGUACUUUAUCAAAAAUGUUUCACUUACAAAACUAAGUUAGUCUCACUUAACAUUUCCAGUAAAAAGCUGCUUAAUGAAGAAUGUUUUUAACUUACAAAAUCAAGUUAGUGUUACUUAAAAUAACUUAGUUUCCUGGCUGUGUUAUGUUAGCAUACAGCUAUGGAUCAGUGGGAUCAGUCUCAUCCAGCAAACUCAGCAAGAAAGCGAAUUUCCCAAACUUGACUUUUAUUUUUGUGGUUAAAUGGACUGAAGCCAAAAUGUUUAAGUGGUUUUCCAGAUCACUCCCGCUGUCUUGCACCCCUCCCCUCCCUCCAUCGUUUACUCUGAUCUAUCCACCCAUCAUGUCUGACCAUGUUUACCUGGCAGGACCUCCAGAGCCAACACCGAGGAGAUUCGAGGUCAGCAGGAGGACGAGUCGCCUGCAUCCCCCCCACCCGACCUACGCUGGUGUUUACAUGCGAAUGUUAUUAAUUAGGGCUCUUUUAUUUCAAAUAACAUCGAUUUACAUUUGUCAAAUGUUUAUACAAGGGUUUUAUUUAAUCCAAAACAUCUGCCUAAUGGUUGAUUGUAUGUGAACAGCUUUCCAAAGCGUAUCUUUUGUUUUCUUUUUCACCGUUCUCGAUCCUGUUGCCAAUUUGAUGAACCUGCUACAGAACAUGAAACCCCAACAUUUUCCAAGGCACAGUUUUAAUGAGUCAAACUCAAAAAGUAUAAUUAAAAGAAGCUCAGUCACCUUCUAAGAGCAGCUGUGAUCUGACUGAUGGAAGAUCUACGGGGUUUGGCAAAGGAAAAACUUCCAAUCAAAAAUGUGAAAAAUAUUAUUAUUAUAUGGGUUAUUUAUGGCCCAGUGCUGCUUUGUACAAUUUAAUUUGUAUUGUUUUUGUUUUUUUGUUUUCUGUAUGUUGCGUUGUACAGGCUGUUACAUAACAAAUCAUAUCUUCCUGAUUUAUAAAAAAUAAAAAUAAACUGACAGACAGUAUGCACAGAA